GUUUACGUGUCAUAUCAUCGACUGUCAAAUCAAAUUUGUCAAAUCAAAUCCAAAUGUAUGCACAAAUAAAUUUAAAAUAAAUAUUUUUUGGCUCGGAAUCUUAAUGAUUUGCACUCAAGAAUAACAGCAAUGGAGUGGUUCGCUGAUCUCGCCGGUAAAGCGGAGAAUCUCCUUACAAACUUGGAUGAAUCUACCGGCGCGGCUUUGCGGAACCACAACCCCGCGAAGACGAGAAAAGAGAAAAACGAUAGUACCAAUACUGAACCAAUAUGGAAGAGAUCUCCACCCAGGAAUACUAAAAGGUUUUCAGCAGCUUCCGAAACCCGUUCUGGAUAUUUACCGCCCCGUAAACCGUCUGUACCUUUUCACCCAACUCGUUCAUUGACAAAAGACAAUCAAGAUGUGAAAGAAAGGUCCCCUAAGAAGGUUUCACCUUCAAGGAGAACACCACAACAUAAUCUAAACCACUGUCCCAAGACACUGGUAGGUGAUAUCAAAAACAGUGAUGUUGAUGAUACCUUUGGCUUGAGGCAAAGAAAAUAUCAUUCCAGCCUACCAGAGAACCUCGAUCUCAUAAACCCAGACAGUUUGAUGUACAGGAUGCAAAAUUUGGAAGUGGAAAAUGCCAUGUUAAAAAAUGAACUCAAUGUAAUGAACCGAGAAGUAUCAGAUUUGCUUGACAGACUGCGCAGGGCGGAGGAUGGUAAUUGUGUAGUAAAUGGUCAUACAGAACUAAAAGAAACAAAUGGCAAACUGGAAGACGCACAAAUAGUAAAGAAGCAACUGAAUGCCGACAAAGAGAGUUUGAGUGCUCAGAUGGCUCAGUUGCGGCAGAAGAUCCAGGAUUUGACCUCCAUAGAGGUCACCAAGUAUAAGGAACAGAAUAAUAGGCUGGAAAUAGAAGUUACACUGCUGACUGAUAGAAACAAUGAUUUGGAAGAGAAGGUAAAGCAACUCACAGAAAAGGCCCACGAGCGAGAUCUGGCUCAAAUAAAAACUGAAAACGAUUUACGUCACGCGCAAACAACCAUUUGUGACUUACAGAACGACUUGGAGCGGUCCAAGGCCGAAUGUUUGCGGCUGGAGAAAGACUGGGAGACGUAUAAACUGAGGGUGAAAAGCAUGCUUUUCGCUAAAGACAAUGAGAUAAAAUCACUGCAAGAAGGCAUGAAUUUAACUGAGGACACGAAGAUAUUGAUCGAACAGUUGGAGAAUUUGAAAGAAGAAAGGGAGGUGUUAUCCGAGUCGAUUCUCCGCGUUCGCAACGAAUGCGACAAUAUGAGGCAGCAUAUAGAACAGUUGGAAUCUAAACACCACUCCGCUGAGAGAGUGGUCGCUGCCCUGAGAGAGGCUUUGAGAGACGAACGAGCCGCUAGGAAUAGGACUGAGUCGCAGUGUAUAUCUAUAGGGAAGGAACUCAAAUCCAUUCAAAUCGAAACCGGCCAGACCAUAGCCAAUCUCCGUUCAGCUUUAAGAGACAAAGAACACGAAAUCAACCGCCUCCGUGAAUCCGCUUCCGCCCCGACCACAGACACGAGCGCUCUGAACGUGGGGGACUAUGACGUCAUGCAGGAAUCCAUAGACAGCGAUAAAAUACAUUAUCUAACGGAGACGCUGGUGCAAAAACAAGGGAAGAUUGAUUCGUUGAUGGCAGACAAUAAUAUGCUUAGGAUACAGUUGGAUAAAUUGCAAUCUAAAUACAAAGCCGAAGUGGCCCUCCGGACAACGACCGCUCACAGCGUGGUCCAGCUCCAAGACACAGAGUACAGGCGAGUGCGGAGCGCUUCAGCUCUCGCCAAGUUGUCCAUGAGGGUGGGAGUGGCUCUCAAGCGGUACCCCGUUUUCAGGCUGUUCCUCCUGGUCUACAUGAUUGGACUGCACUUUUGGGUACUCACAGUAUUAUUGACCAGCACUCCGGAGGGUUAUCUGCCGAGGGCAAGCAAAUCCUGAAAAUUUAAGCUUUAAAAUAAAAAUUGAUGUGGCAUUUCACUCAAAAAGGGCCCAGUGUUUGACGGGAACUUAGCCGUUUCGCAAUUGGUAUAAUUCGCGUGUGGUCAUUGGGCUUUUUUGCGUGUAACACCACAAAUAAUCAAUAAAUAUUUUAAAUAUUAACCUAGUUAAGUAUUAGGGGACUUAUACACAAAGCAUAAUAGAAAUUUGUAUCCACACAACUGAAAUGAGUUAACUGACUAAAUUUCUGUGAUGCUUUUUUUCCUUUUUUUUUCACGUGUUUUGUGCCAGUUCUGUCUUGAAAAACUAAGAGCCAUUUAUUUUAAUAGAAAGUACUGACUUGAAUGCCAUAAAAUAUGUGCUUUACAAAAAAUUUGUAAUCUUCCCAAAAACAAAAUCUGUAAAUCGAUAUGACUGUACUUUGCGUACAUUGGUGCUGUGGUAUAACACUAUGUAAAUAAAAUGUUUGUAAAAAUGUAUAUAAAUUUUCUGAAUCUCUAAGACGAGGUUCAUUCGAAGGACCUUUUCUUUGAUUUAUGUAUCUUAUUAUCAUAUUUUUGGUCCAUUAAAAUUAUUUUUGAUUUUUUCCUAUUAUACCUUAAUUUCAAUGUAAUACAUGCACAAUUACUUUAUCUGCGUAAGUUAAAAUUAGAAUUGUAUGUCUAGGGCAAAUAUAAUAACAUUUUCUUAGAAACCGUAUUUUUACAACUGUUUUAAUGGAUCAUAAAUAUUGACUAGCCAUUUUAUGUACCUUGUAAAAAUAUUUAUUAUCACAAGAAGAGCUUGUAUCAUUAUGUAAAUUUAAUGGGAAUACGUUAUUUUUUUGGGUUGUUUUGUUUUUGGUUAUUGGAAACGUAAUAAAUUUUAUAUUUAACUA